CUCCCGUCAUAUUUAUAUAUGCUACAUAGCUCAAAGUAACAAACAUACCCUUAUAACAUAUAGAAAGAUCGAAACACAAGAUCGGGAUGAUUAUGGCUCCAAAGACCUCAGCUACACUUGCUUUAUUCCUUGUGAUCAAUAUUCUCUUCCUCAACCUCAUUAUCCCGGUUUUCGCAGAAAAUACUUGCCCGAGAGACGCUCUCAAACUUUCCACAUGCGCGAAUGUUCUCAACCUCAUCAACUUGAAUCUCGGUGCACGAGCUAUGAGACCUUGUUGCUCUAUUCUCUUUGGUCUAAUUGAUCUCGAUGUUGUGGUUUGCCUUUGCACCGCGCUGAAGCUCAGCCUUCUUGGCAUCACCAUCGACACUCCUAUUCAUCUUAACUUAGCCCUUAACGCCUGUGGAGGUACCCUUCCCGAUGGAUUCCGUUGCCCAACAUAGCUACAAUAUAUAUAUUCAUAUUUUCUAUGUAUGUUCUUGUAUUGGUUUUGUCUGGCAUCAAAAUUAAAUUCAUGUCUAAGCAAUUAAUGAAUAAGAUUAAGACUUUUAUGAUGA